AUGAUCACGGAGAACCUGUCUCAGCGGUUGAACUUCAAGCGCUUCCAUGAAAACUUACCGGUGAAUGGUGUUGGUAGUGCUUCAUCGGUGUCCAAACAGUCAGUGUUGGCGAGAAUUCUGUCACGUUGCUCGUCGUUCGAAACUGAGGAAGUGAAAUUCUACGUGCUGCCUCGGAUAACGUUGAAUCUGCCGCAGCAAAGCUUCGACAUCAGUACUUGGAAGCUGCCGUCCGACAUCUGUUUCGCUGAUCCAGGCUUCCAUGAGUCCAGUGCCGUAGAUGCAAUCCUUGGCGUGUCUGUUUUCUACGAUUUGCUGAUGGGAGAGCAGACAAGGCUCUCGGAAUCUGGUCCCAUAUUGUGCAACACAAAACUCGGAUGGAUAGUGGCCGGAGAGAUUCCAGAAACUCCUGUCACAACCCUCAGUGCAGUCACCGCUUCAGUUUCCACGGAAGAGAUCCACGAGCAGCUAGCACGCUUUUGGGAACUGGAAUCCUGUAAAACGAAGAGCUGUCUUUCCAUCGAGGAGUCUACGUGUGAGUCCAUCUUCGAGCAGACUACGACGAGAGAUCCUGAUGGCAAGUUUCGGGUAGUAUUACCGAAGAAGGAGUAUGUGCUGAAGCAGUUAGGCGAAUCUAAGGCGAUUGCCACCAAACGGUUCAUGGGACUAGAACGUCGCUUGAACGCGAACCCGGAGAUGAAGGCUCUGUACACAGAAUUCAUCCACGAGUAUCUGCUGAUGGGUCACAUGAGAGAAGUCCGUGACGACGAGGAAGAGCCGAAACACAGUUACUAUUUGCCGCAUCAUGCAGUCCUGAAACCUGACAGUACCACGACGAAGCUCAGAGUAGUGUUCGAUGCGUCGUGUGCUACAGACACCGGAGUUUCCCUGAACGAUACCCUGAUGGUAGGACCGGUUGUACAGAGCGACCUACUGUCCAUUCUGCUUCGCUUCCGACUACAACAGUACGCGAUCGUCGCUGAUGUGGAGAAGAUGUAUCGCAUGAUCAACGUAGCCGCAGAGGAUCAACCGCUGCAGAGGAUUCUUUGGCGAGAGUCCGUAGAUGAGUCACUCCGAACGUAUCAGCUGACGACCGUGACCUACGGUACCUCUGCCGCACCGUAUCUAGCAACACGGAGCUUGAAGAGAUGCGCAGAGGAGGGAGAGCAGACGAAUCCACCAGUAGCCAAGGUCAUCAAGAAGGAUUUCUACGUUGACGACAUGCUUACGGGAGCGAAGUCUGUGAAGGAAGGAAUGCGGCUGUGCAAGGAUGUCCUGACGUUACUUGGUUCUUUUGGUUUCAACCUCCGGAAGUGGCAUUCCAAUCAGCCUGCGAUUCUGAAGAGCAUUCCACGUCAUCUGCGUGACGAACGAGAGCUGCUGGAUAUUGACGUGACAGCUACAGUAAAGACCCUCGGCUUAACCUGGGAACCGGCGACAGACUUGUACUGGUUCAAAACACCACGCUGGAGCCCGAAGCUUCCAGUGACACAGCGUAUCGUACUGUCUGAUUCCGCACGUUUAUUCGAUCCGUAUGGUCUUGUAGGGCCAGUGAUCGUGCAGGCGAAGAUGUUUCUCCAAGAACUUUGGAAACGGAAGUAUUCUUGGGACGAACCGUUGAGCGCAGAUCUGCAAUCACAGUGGCUCGAGUUCAGAACGAACUUGGAUCGAAUCGAUGCAGUUUCCGUACCCCGCUGGAUCGCAUUCAGCGACAAUGUGAUAUCAUGCGAACUACACGGAUUCUGUGACGCCUCGGAAAAGGCGUACGGAGCAGCAAUAUACCUACGUUGCGUUGCACAGGACGGAACAGUUACAGUUCGGCUGGUGAUGGCUAAGUCCAAGGUAGCUCCAUUGGAAGACUUGAGCAAGAAGAAGAAAAGGCAGUCAAUACCCCGACUCGAGUUAUCGUCAGCACUGCUAUUGGCGCACUUGUACGAGACAGUAGCAGAGAGUAUCCAUAUCCCAGCGAAGACAUUCUUCUGGACUGACUCGACUAUCGUGAAGUGUUGGCUUUCCUCCCAUCCGUCCAGAUGGCAAGCGUUCGUCUCCAACAGAGUGUCAGAGAUUCAGCAUAUCACUCGAGAAGGCGUUUGGAACCACGUGCCUGGCGUCGAGAACCCGGCAGAUGUAAUAUCUCGAGGUGUAACACCACUGCAGCUUGCCGAAUGUUCAGUCUGGUGGAAUGGACCGGCAUGGCUCCAAGAAGACCCGAGUGCUUGGCCGAAGAUGAGUAGCAGCCCAGAACAACAGUUUGAUUCAGUAACGUUGGAGGAAAAACCGCUAGUGACAGCAGCGCUGCAGAUGCUACCGCCCAGUGAGAUCUUCAUCCGCUAUUCGUCUUUGUUGAAGCUAUUAAGAUCAACCGCCUGGAUGCUUCGUUUUGCCAAAAACUGCAGAACUAGAAAUCGAGCCUGCAGACGAAGUGGAGUCCUGAACGCGAAAGAACACGAAGAAGCUUUGAUCGCAUUAGUGACGCUGGCGCAGUCAGAGUGUUUCCCAGUGGAAUUAGCAGAUUUAGCAGCAAAGGGGCAUGUGAAACCCAGUUCGAGAUUGCAUACGAAGGAUCCGUGUCUGCGAGAUGGAUUAAUUCGUGUUGGCGGAAGACUUCGCCAUGCUCCAGUGUCGUUCAGCAGAAAGCAUCCGAUUGUGCUGGACAGCAAUCACCCGCUGACGAAGCUGAUAAUGGUUGACUACCAUCACAGACUGCUCCACGGAGGAGCGCAGCUGAUGCUAUCCUGUAUGAAGGAGAGGUUCUGGCCGCUAUCCGGAAGGAACCUAGCACGGAAGGUAGUGCACGAAUGCGUAACCUGCUUCAGAGCUCGUCCACGAGCCCACGAACAGUUGAUGGGAGACCUGCCGAUGGAACGAGUGACUCCUGCUCCUGUUUUUCUUCGCGUUGGAGUCGAUUACUGUGGUCCGUUCAACGUUCGUCAAGCGUCUCGUAAGACAGCACCAAUCAAAUGCUACCUGUGCGUGUUCGUCUGUCUAGUAGUGAAGGCGGUACACAUAGAGAUGGUUGCAGAUCUCACUACGGAAGCAUUCAUAGCGGCACUGAGACGAUUCGUGUCGCGGCGUGGGAAGCCAGAAGUGAUCUUCUGCGACAACGCUACGAACUUCGUAGGAGCGCGUCGAGAAAUCAGUGAAUUGCAUCGUCUGUUCCGAGCCGAACAGUUCCAGAACGCAGUUGUGACGGAAGCAGCCAGCAACUCGAUUGAGUUCAAGUUCAUUCCCGCCAAAUCGCCGAACUUCGGCGGAUUAUGGGAAGCGGCCGUGAAGUCCCUGAAAGGCCACAUGCGAAGAGUGAUAGGGAACACCGUACUCCGUCCGGAUGAACUGUUAACUGUUGUGACGCAGAUCGAAGCCUGUCUGAAUUCGAGACCGAUCACUCCGAUUAGCAACGACCAUCGAGACCUGGAAGCAUUGACCCCCGGACACUUUUUGGUACAGCGUCCGCUAACAGCGAUUCCGGAACCGAGUCUGGAUGACAUCCCGGAGAACCGACUGAGCAGAUGGCGCUUGGUUCAGCGUUACAGUCAGAUGCUUUGGAAGCGAUGGUCUACGGACUAUUUGUCAGAUCUCCACAACCGUAACAAGUGGACGCGAAGAAGGGAUAAUCUGCAUAUCGGAACAAUGGUGUUACUGAAGGAAGAUAAGCUACCGCCGCUUCAGUGGCAGCUUGGACGCGUGACGGAGAUUCACCCGGGAGCAGAUGGUAUCAUCAGGGUGGUUACCGUUCGAACGCAGCAAGGAUCAUUCCGUCGAGGAAUCCAGAAGAUAUGCAUUCUCCCGAUUCAGGACAAUCAACAGCAGGUCGAGGAAGCAUAG